AUGCAACGCAAUGCAACAGCCAAGUCAUACUGUUUACACUCAUACCUCAAGGGUCCCUUUUCAUUAAGGUUAUAUUGCUUUCGGUCCUGGUCGAACAGACCAUUGGCUUCCAAGAGCCUUUCUGCCUUGCACAGAAGCGAAGCUGUGGUCGUCAUGGCGUUAAUUGGAGCUGCUUUGGGAGCCACAGCGCUCUUCAGCUAUAAUCGUGAAAACUUCAAGUUUGACAAGCAGCAGACGCUGUUGAGAGAAACAUUGCGCUUAGAUAUGCAGUUGAAGCGGUUUGCGCUCUUCCGCGACGAUGUUCGGGACCUUGUCACCCUCACUGUGGACAGAGCCCUGCAUGCAUUGACAGCAGGGCUCGGCAGAAUUAAAUGGCCUGGCAUGAUUUUCCAUAUAAACAUCACUACAGUCACUUCAGUCGUUACAGUCCUGCCCUGUUUCAGGUCGUCCGAAUUUCCUGCAAUUGUAAUUGGUAAGGAGCAAGGUAUCAUCGUUUUCUGCAAGGGGAGGAUCCAAGCAUCAGCUCCGCCCUUUGUUUUGCAGCUCUUUCAGCUCUCCAAUGCAUGUGCUUUCAUGUACCUGCUACUGGCAGUCUGGCUGAGUAUGCAUGCAUCCAUCGCGUCACACAGCUUUGGGGUGAAGAUGUUGACACGUUUCGUGCGGCUGCCUAUCCCGACGCAGAAGCAGCUCACGCUCUUGCAGGCGCGAAGCGUUUGA